AUGGGGGGUGAUCACAGUAAGGAUGCUGAAUUUGCUCCCGUUGUUGUUGUGGACGAUCCUACACGUCUCCCCGACGAAAUUCGACCUCCAUUGGAGCCCGACGAGGUCGGCGGAGCUAGUGGCAGCCUCGGAACGACUUCGCCCAUCGAAGAUCUAAGAAGCACAGACGCCGUGACUCAACUUCUAAUGAACAAAGACCCCGUGACUCAAGUUCAAACUACAUUCCCAAACUCCCUUUUCGAGGCCAUGUCAACCGUCCAGAUGUUCCGGGCCAAGUCAGAGGAGGACAAGACAAAAUCAGAAGAGCCAAUGCCCUUCGCUGUUAUGGUUCCCAGCCAUUUCUUUGACGAUAAAAAAAAACCAGUUGGGAAACCAGGAAUUCAAGUUUUUCCUGUCACAAAAAGAGCGACAAGUGUCAGAAAAGCAGAAGAAGAAGAAUCGCUAGGAGGACGAGCUAUCGGUGGAGAAGGAGAAGCACCCACCGUGGCGGAGAAAACAAAUGAAGCUGUCGGUGUCGCUGAUUUUUUUUACAACCAGGCCACGCAGGCUCAAAUGUGUGGGCGAGGAAGCAUUCGACGAGAAGAGAUUUAUAACUUUUUGUCUUUGUCGUCUUCAUUUUCACUUUCAGAACGCGGUUCGGAGAUAUCACAAACUCAAUGGUGUGACUAUGCUGAUGAAGAGAUCGGAGGCGACCACCACGCACCAAAGAGCUUAUUUGUGGUCGUGAAACCGGAGGUUUUCUUGGGUGUUGAACAUGUUACUGUUAGAACUCUCUUGCAGGGUGGACAAGAAGGAGCUGCGGGACCCCCCGAACCGAAAAAACAGAAGUUCUUGCAGACGCAUCUUAUUCUAAGAGAAGCUGACUUCAGGUUGAGCAUUCAAAUGAACCGCGAGGCAGCCGCAGCUUUUGGGAGCUUGUCAUUCGCGAGGAGCGAACAAAAAGAUAUCGACCGUGUCUUGACGGAGUUUGAGCAACCGGUGUGGAAUGAAAAGGAC